CGGUGAUGAUGACGACGAUGGCAAUCCCACAUCUAUUGAGUGACCGACGCCUUGUGUGCCCGGGCCCGACACAGCAUCCCUUGUAUCGACACCCCAGCUCGCUCCUUCGCCAUCGGGGAAGCACUUGCAGCUGCUGGUGGGAGAGAGCACCAACCAGUCUCUCCAACGCUCAAGGCGAAACCACGACGCCGAAAGGUCAUCCCGUCUCGGUCGCAUCAGAUCUCUCACCAGACUCACCAAUUCGCCAUGAGCCGGCCUCAACUCAGUUCCCAGAUCAGCUUCAGCGCACUAGAAGACCUGUCCGAUGCACAGCGGCACGAGCUUGGCGCCGCCGCGCGGGAGGAGUCCGUCGGCGAUCAGCCGCUGAUUUCGGAUGCGAUUGAUCUGGAAGAGCUCGCUCGCGAGUACGAGAAUGGUGACCAGAGCUUCGUCCGCAAGAUUCUCUGGCUGCGCAACCGGCCACAAGGUGGUUUCUUGACGUACUACAAGACCAGAGGUGAUGGCGACUGCUUCUACCGCGCGUUUGCGUUUGCCUACAUCCAGAGUAUCAUCCACAUAAACGACCGACCGCUGUAUCUCUCUGUGUACAAGCACAUCGAAUCGACGCACGGCAUGCUCGAGCGCGCUGGCUUUGAGAUGGCCAUUUUCAUGGACUUCUGGGAGCCUCUCAGGGAGCUGCUCCGCCGCAUCUACGUCACCGAUCCGGAUAUUGUCGAGCUCGACGACGCCGAGCUGGUCAAGGCGCUGAAUGACCCUGAGACGAGCAACUCGAUCGUCGCGUACCUCCGUCUCGUCGCUUCCGCCUUUCUCAAGACCAACGCCUCUGAGUUCGAGCCAUUCCUGUUCGCAUACGAUGGCGAGAAGGGCGACGGCGGCCCGCCGAGCAUGGACGAGUUCUGCAGCAACCACAUCGAGGCGAUCGGAAAGGAGGCCGACCACCUCGCCAUCACGGCGCUCAGCCGCGCCCUGCUUGUCAGCCUUGAGGUCGUCUACCUCUCGCGAUCACCUGACAACAGUGGCAUCGGCGCAGUAGGCGGAGACGAGGACGAAGACAAAGGUGUCAUGGCUGUUCCAGCAGCGAAGCCUCCCGCGAACACGUUCGCGUUAGAGUCACACCCUGGCGGGAACACAGCACCAGCCGUGGGAAGCCUCAGCGUCCCCGGGCGCCAAAGGGAGCGCGCGGCGCAGCAAGCCGCAUGCGAGAUUGUUCGCUUCGAGAUGCCCACAGAGGAUGGUGCGGCGAUCGGGACGCACGCGCCGAGCUCAUCCACGCGCAGACCCUCCUCGACGCUUGUCACGCUGCUCCACGUCGGCGCGCUGCUCUUCCGACCAGGACACUACGACGUGCUCGUCAAGGCGCCCAAAUUGUAGAGCACACUGAGCUCCGUCAUCCCGAAAGCGCCGAUCGUCAUACGGCAGAGGGUGUGAAAAGUGAUGGGUAGAACAAAAAAGCCAAUUAACAUGCCGCCCCUCGCUGGGACGGCGAGUCUACAGGCUUGUAACAGCACUGUCUAUGAUGCCCUGUGCAAUGUAUAAAAGCAGCAGGAGUAUGCAAAUGGCCGACUUCGUCUACUUCUUUC